AUGGAAACCGAAAUAUUAAAACAACUAAACGUAAUUAACCAUAUUUACGCCCAACUGUGCAAUAAGGUAAUUCUCCCCAAAUCGCAGAUAUAACACUUUCAAAUCAUCUCAUUUUUCCAGCAAAACGAAUUGAUCAAUCAAAUUCUAUCUGCCCCAAAAUCAACUGAUUUUCCACAAAUAGCAAUUUCAACAACAACACCAUCCCCAAGUUUUCUAUCAAUCGAAAAAUCACCUUUUACUCCACCACCAGCUUCACCUGUUGUUUCGAGAUGUUCAAGUGUUGCCACUGAUUUAUCGAUUGAUAUUCGAGGAGGAUCAGACGCAGGUUCAGAAAGUUCGUGUGGAAAGUGUCAAAAAAUGUUGAAGACCAAAAGAACUCUUGCGAUUCAUGAGAGAAAUUGUAAAGGAAAACGAAGAGCGCUUGAUUUUUAA